AUGGCCAGCGCGUUGCAAAAGUUGAGGGCCGUCCACCUCUAUAGGCACAGCCUGAAGACCAUGCUGAGCUGGGCAGUGCGCAGGGAGGUCUUCUAUGUAGAGCAAGAGAAGAUCAGGGCGGAGUUUGACCAGCUGAACCAGUUGGACGACCCCAUCCAGAUAGAUCGCGCGCUGGAGCGCGGCGAGGCGCGGCUGCGGGACCACUUGCACCCUGACCCGUACAUCGUGCCGUACCGCCCCGGCGGCAGCCUGUACGCGCGCAACCCGCCCUUUGACCCCUCCAUCCACGUGCACCUCGACUUUGGGCGCGAGGGCGGCCACUGA